AACGUUGGGUUUGCGAAUUGAGACCUUACCCCGCUGUCGAUAUAUUAUUUUUCCCUUUUUGCGCUUUUCUUUGACCACUUCUAUUAUAUUGGGUCAGUGAAGGAAUAAAAGAAGAGCCAAAAUGUCUGCAUCAAAUCUUCACCCCGAAGGCGAAAAUGAGGAAGACCUCUACCUCGACGAGGCCGACGCCGAAGAAAUCAUCCAAGCCGACGAAGACCACCCCAUGGACUCGGACGACGAAGAUCAAACAAUGCAAGAAGAAAUCACAAUCCAGAACGACUCUGUCGCGCAUUUCGAUCAUCACUCAGACUCUGUGUUUUGUAUUGCGCAACACCCCGUUCAUCAAUCCAUAGUGAUCACUGGCUCUGGUGACGAUACGGCUUAUAUAUUCGAUACAACCCCAUCGGAUGAACGGCCGUUACUCCCUCAAAGUUACGAGUCGAAUCCACAACCGAAAACGGAGCGGAAGUCGUUGGAGCCUAUUAAGAAGUUGGAUGGGCAUACGGAUUCUGUUAAUGCGGUGGCUUUCACAGGGCCUAAGGGUGAAUAUGCGCUGACCGCAGGGCUUGAUGGACGUUUGCGUGUAUACAGAGAUACGACGGCGCAAAAGACAGGGCUGAUGUGGGAGUUUGUCGCUGAAGCGCAGGAAGUUGAGGAGAUUAAUUGGUUGGCUGUAUGUCCGGCUCAGGAAGGUCAGGAGGAUAGUUAUAAUAUUGUCGCGAUUGGUGGAAAUGAUGGUAGUGCUUGGGUUUUUAAGAUUGAUCAUACGGAUUCUACGCAGCCGAUUUCGAUUAUUCAGACAUUCUUUCAACAUACUAUGUCCUGUACGGCGGGUGCAUGGACUCCCGAUGGGAAACUUUUGGCGACUGUCUCGGAAGAUGGUAGUUUCUAUGUCAAUGAUGUAUUUGGACAAGCUGCUGCAGCGGGCGUAGCUUACUCUGCGGGUACAACUGCGGUUGUUGGAUAUACAGCAGAAGAUCAGCGAUUUGCUGUUGAAGGUGGAUUGUACUCUAUUGCUAUAUCCCCCUCGGGCGCUAUAGCUGCUGUCGGUGGUGCCGAAGGUCAUAUCAAAGUGGUCGGUUUGCCUCGUUUGCAAGCACCUGCAGCUAAAUCGAAAUCCAAGGCCGCACCCGCUGCCACAGGCUCACAAGCGUCGGGCGCUGGCGCCCUUCUUGCUUCUUUACAAGCACAGUCGGAUAGUGUGGAAAGCUUGUCGUUUUCUUCCCUACCUCUGACAAUGCUUGCGGCAGGUUCUGUCGAUGGGUCAAUCUGUCUGUUUGAUGUCGCGCAUCGAUUCGCAGUACGAAGACAUAUCCGUGAGGCCCAUGAAGGAGCUACUGUAGUCAAAGUCGAAUUCUUGCAACAGCCUGCUCAAGCCGGUACACCGUUGGUCCGUUCUGGUCUACCAGGACCCGCCGCUAACGCAGUAGCUGCUCAUGCCGCUGGUCAAGGUCGACCUUGGAUUCUUACUUCUGCGGGAUUAGAUGGUGUGGUGCGACGAUGGGAUGCUCGAGGUGGAACUGCUGCGGCAGGGCAGGGUUUGCUUAAAGAAUGGAGAGGUCAUCUUGGGUUAGUUGAGACUGAGGGUGGAGAACAAUCUGGUGGUAUUCUGGGUUUCGUGCAGGGGAAUGCUGGUGGGAAACGGGUUGUCACUGCUGGUGAUGAUGGUGUUGUUCUUGUUUUUGAAGAAUAGACAAUUUGGCGUUUCUAACAAGAAAAGUCUCGAUUACUUGCAUGCAAAUAUACCAUUUCGUGAACG